AUGUUAUUUGUUGAUACUGAUUUCAAUACGCUCACCUCACUGAGUAUAGGCCAGAACGCAGAGCCUGCCUUUAAAAUGUGCUUUGAAGUUUCAAAAGUGGGCCUGGCGUUCUUGCUGACUGCCGCGGGUACUGCUGCACAAGGCCGUGCUGAGGACAGCGCUCCCGGCGGCAAGGAGCGACCUGCUCCGGUCCGGGGCCCCCAGCCCUCCCGGCGGCGAGUGGGAAGUAGCAGGAAGCGGGCUGGAUUCCGCCCUCGGGGAGGGCCGGGGGUCCUGGGACUAGAGUCAAGCCUCCUCCCCUCGACGUCCCGCCGGUUGCGAGCCAGAGCCUCGGUACCCCCACCCCCUGAAACAGCCUGCUUCGUGCAAUCUGAAGCUGGGCCACCCCCUGGGCAGGGCAGGGCUCGAGGACAGCUUUUGUCCGUCGCCAGUGUAGACAGCAGAUUGGAACAGCCCGGCCCCCUCCCCGGCGCCCCAGGCCGCGCGUCCAUGAUCCGAUUACCGCGGGAUGGCCCCGGCGCACAGAUGGCUGUGAAAGCGGACGCGCACACCGGUUUACAGCCAUGGAAGCUGCUGAUUGUUCUUGAAUUUAAAGUAGAGAAUAAAGGACCACAAAUUGCAGGGUUUGAGCAUUCCGUGUUUUUCUUAAAUGAGCCUGUCUGCAUUUUCAAAACGUGUGCUUUCAAAAGAGAGCUGUAUUUUCUGAAUCCAGCUGUGAAUGUGGAGACUAGCCGUCCUCCCACGACAUGCGGGAACGCACCAUUAGAUGCAGGCUGCUUCUGUUCCGAGGGUGGCUUGCGAGGUGGCUCCCCAGCCACUCCUUUUUCUGGAAGGGUUGGUCUCCGCCAGCUGGACAUGUCCUUGCUCUGCCAACUAUACAGUCUCUACGAGUCGAUUCAGGAAUACAAGGGGGCGUGCCAGGCAGCCUCCAGCCCAGACUGCACUUAUGCUCUGGAGAACGGCUUCUUCGAUGAAGAGGAGGAAUAUUUCCAGGAGCAGAACUCCCUGCACGACAGGAGGGACCGAGGCCCUCCUCGGGACUUGUCACUGCCUGUCUCCUCCCUCUCCAGCGGCGACUGGAUUCUGGAGUCCAUCUAGAGGGUCUUGGGAGGGAUGUGACUGUUGGGAAGCCCUUCAUACUGGACACACUGUCAGCAUUUGCUGCUUCUCUUGCAAGAAAGCACCUCCGUUUUGGAUGGUCCUCGGGCACAGGGGAUGAGUGCUACCAGUUUCAUUUGUAGGCAGGGAGUUCUCCGCGGACGCAUGGUGGCAGUCUGCUUUGAUGGCAGCAGUUUUUGCUUAGGUGACCUAGAGGUCCUCAGCAGUAUCCUCCACACCUUUCUAUUGAGGUGCACCUGCUGGGGAUUCAUAGUGAGAAUAUAACAAGAGGAUCUCGGUGAAAGGCCUCAGUGGGUGUUUCGUGUGAGGUGGCUUGUAGCUAGCUACUUCCUUGUGGAUGGUAGAGUAUUCCAAUCCUCUUUGUGUUAGGGUUCUUGCUUCCAGUUUGGGAUGUGUUAGAACCACCAUUUCACUGCUUCCCUUCCUCAAUAUGCUCUGCAGCUUUUCUUGCUGUUUAAUGAGCUUUUAAGCCUCUCGCUUCAGCUUUAUUUAUUUGUAAGCUGCAUUACUGACUGCCUAGUGAUUCGGUGAAGGCUUUUUACUGAAAAAGUUCACAUUUCUAGUCACCCCAAUCAACUGGCUUUUUUCAACCAAAAAUUUAUAUCGUUCUUUGUCUAUGAGGUACAAGAGGAAGGAAGAUAAUACAAAGACAUGUUGAAUAGUGGAAAAAAAAAAAAACAAAAAACAAAAAACUGGGGCAAGUCAAUGUUCUGUAAAACAAGAUGGCAAAUGUUUUCAUUUUUAAGAUUCUGAAUGUAAACUAGUGUGCUAGAAAGCAAACCACCCUCCACUCAAACCAGUAAUUACCUUAAGCCUUAAUAUAUUUAUUAAAAUACUUUAUGAGAACAUUAUACUUUGUAGGUUAAAAAUGAGGAUAAAAUGCUGAACUAUC